AUGCGGCGGUUGAGUCUGGCACCGAUAAAGUGGUCGGCCAUUGCGCAGCGGUGGGGCACACGUGGCACUGACGUUCCUAGCCGUGCCAAAGGAGCAAUAAAAUCCCCAAAGUCGAGGAAGUCACGCCUUCCGUACGUGGAGGUGGGGGAGCGGACCGAUCGAAUGAAGGAGUUCGUAAGCAGUGGUACGGAUGACAACAGUGGUGAUAGUGACAACAACCAUAACAGCGUUAAGAGUAUAAACAAUACCGACUGCAGGAACAAGGGCACAGAUGGCGGUGGAGAAAUUGAUAUGGACACCGUAGCAGGAACUGACGCCUUCACGCCAACUGUAGAUAUGGAAGAAGGCUAUGGAGCUCCUGUUAUGGCAACAACGGGCAGCACAUCCAGUGAGAGUGUGCUCUCUGUUAUUGAUGUGUUGUGCGACGACCUCUUCUCCUGCAAAACUGACGUGCUGAAAUCAUUCGCACGUACACGCUCGGUAUCUGGAUCAACAAAGUCAGAACUCGUCAUGAAUCUUAUUGACCUCGCUAAUCGUGAGGCUCACGGAGAAAGUCAGGAUCUCAGUAUCACGAAACGAGUGCUAGGGGAUGUCUUCAACGAAGAAGUGCGUGUGAGUGGCGUGCGCUCGCAAUGGACCAACAAAUCACUUGAGGCCUCCCAUAUUGAGAUGGCGUGUGAUAACCAUCUGAAGUUUGAAGCAAUGAGUUACACACAAAAGACACUUAUGGUGCGUCGAAACGCCUCAGAAUCAUCGCGGGUUCUACGUAAGCUCAUACGUCCCUUUCAGCAGGACUACAACCGAGUAGCCGAAGCGGCUGUGGGCGGGGUUUUUCGUAACUUCAAGGCGGAAGCUGAUCAGUUGGUUAACUCUAUGAUGGCGUCGGAAAUAGUCACUCCUUUCUCCUCUUUCCUUGUCUCCUACGUGCGUUUUGCGACGUCAGGGAACCUGCUGACGCGGACAAACGUGAUUGAGCGUUUGGAGCAACUGGAACUUGUGCAGAUCGCAAUGGAUGAGGACAGUGACGCGGUACUACAGCGCCUUAUGGCCCUUCUUGAUGACGUUGUAGCGGAGGUGGAGCGGCGGGCACUUUGCUUCGGCGGAAAGCGCACAUCAUGGGGAACAGAAACACCUGAAGUGCUGCGUUGUUCCAUCCAAGCCUUUAGUGACAGCACCGCUCAGCAGCAUGAAGAUCUCGGUGAGCGUGUCCCAGCGUGGGUGCACGAUUUGGUCCGAAUGUUCAAUAACUGGGAAGCCAUUGUACGAACGGAUAUCCCUGUCCUGGAGGACGUACCGCGUUACGUGUUUGAUUGCAUCCUCAGCGGGGUAGUUUGCUAUCACUUGCUUCAGAAGAUAUACGGUGAUAUUAUUUCUCCCACCGAUGUUCCGCCCACAGUACGGGGGGCGGUGAAGCGCGCCAUGGAGGCGCAUUUCAAAGAUGAGGAAAAAGCUGGUCACGCACUAGCAAAAUUAUUUGCUUAUGUGCAGGCACCCGGUGACUCCGGUGUUGUAAAAGCGGAGUUCUUUCCCGCAGUUCUUUCCCAAAUGCAGGGUGCCUUUCAUGAUGUUGGGCAAAGCACACUUCACAAUGUCCGCACGGCAAUUGUAUUGCGGGAAAUAUGUGCUACGGUAUCCCGGUGCACCCGCACUUGCGGACUUUUUCACAUGCUGGUUAAACUCACAGAGGACUUGAGGUUUCAGUUCCGUUUCAGCACAAUAUUUAAGAAGCUUAACGGAAGAGAUCGCACGACAAUUCGUACCAAAUAUAGUAUUAACAUGGUGAAGACGUUAGAGUAUUUUGAGCAAGAGUACGCCGUGACGCCUACCUCCACGAAGGCAGUUGGAUUUAUUGUUAUAUUACUGUUGCACAUGUCCAUGUGUAGUGGAGCUGCUUCAGGACACGGUACCAAAGCUGUGCUCGAACGCUAUAUUAGUGUCACCAACAAGGAGGAGUUUAGCAUAAUUUCAAUCUCGGACCUGGAGGCGACGCAUGUCCGAGACUUGCGCGUUGCCUUCCCUCCGCAGCUUUCCUAUAACUCAUGGCUUCACCAGUCGGAUACGAAGGAUAAAUCCGUUUAUAACGUGCUUCCUUCAGUUGCGGUGAAAGGGUCAACAAAUCAAGCUAUGAUUAUCUCACAGGCGCCGAUGAUGAAGGCUUUAGAUGCGAUAUCACGUGUGCCCUGGCGAAUUAGCAAAUAUAUGCUCCACGUGCAGGAAGCCAUUGUUCGUGAAGGCUACGGUUUUGGAAAGAUACGACCAGCAUUUUAUCCAUUGCAUUACUGUGCGAAGAGCCGUGGUGACAUUUCCUAUGAAUCAACAGGGAUGGAUGACGACGACGAUAAAACUGAGGUGUACAACCUUCAGCAACGUCGUGAGUACGAACUUCAGCAAGAUGAAGACUGGAAAAACCUUUCAGAGUUGCGCAGUAACCGCAUUCACUAUCUCCAAGCCCUUCGUCAAGCGCGCUCGCUAGUUCAGUUUUCGCACAUUUACUUUCCCAACAGUAUGGACUUUCGUGGUCGUAUGUACCCACUUCCCGGUCGGUUGAACCACACGGGUUCCGACCCAUUCCGUGCGUUGCUUGAGUAUGCGGAACCGAAACCUCUGGGGAAGGAGGGUCUCUACUGGUUGAAGGUCCACUUAGCCAACAAGAUGGGAAUGAGCAAGCUGUCAUUUGAUGAACGUGUACAUUAUGUCAACGAGCAUAUCGAUGAUGUUGUGUGCAGCGCUGAGCAACCAUUGUACGGUGAUAAAUGGUGGCAAGAGGCGGCGGAACCCAUGCAGUGCCUAAUGGCAUGCAAAGAGCUGGCUGAUGCACUUAAAUGCUCGCAGGGGCCGGAGAACUUUUUAUCGCGUAUUCCUGUCGCCGUUGACGGUAGUUAUAACGGUCUGCAGCAUUAUUCGGCCAUUGGUCGGGAUGCAUUUGGUGCAACGCUGGUAAACUUGGUUCCAAGCGAGCGGCCGGCCGAUGCGUACACAGGUAUCUUAAAAGAGAUGAUGUCUUCAAUCAAAGCAGAUGCGGAACGCGACCAUCCAGUGGCUCAGCGGUGUCUUGGGACAGGUAAAGGGCAAGACCGUGAUCAUAUCAAACGCAAAACGAUUAAGCGACCCAUUAUGACUCAAGUGUAUGGCGUAACAGGAUACGGCAUGUCUGAGCAGAUACUGGAUGAGUUGGUAAAACAGAAUAAAAACCACGGGCUUUGGACGUCGACUGACAUGCGGGAGAUGGCGGAUUAUCUCCGCGAGAAGGUGCUGGAAUCACUUGGUAUUACGUUUCGCGAGACGCAAAACUGCCGACGCUGGAUUACCGACGUGACGAAUAUAAUUUGGGAAGUGCAACCCGCUGAGCUUCGUACCGCCCUCUGCUGGACGACACCUCUCGGACUUGUCGUGCGGCAACCAUAUAAGAUGCGCAAGGAGAUGAUGAUAUUUACAGUACAUGGUUGCGCACGUGUGCCUGCCAACGCAUUUUCAGCAGCUAGCCGAAAACAGCUUACAGCUAUCGCACCCAACCUUAUUCACUCACUAGAUGCCUCCCACCUCGCCAUGACGGCAAUAGAAAUGCAAAACCUUGGUCUUUCUAUGAUGGCGGUGCAUGACAGUUAUUGGACGUACGCCUGUGACCUUCCAACUUUGAGCCGAGUACUUAGAGAACAGUUUGUUACCCUUUACGGUAAGUACGAUCCACUGUGGGAGCUAAAGGAGCAAUGGGAAGAAGCGUACUUCAUGGACCUCCGUCGCCACGGUAAGGUCCUUCCGGAUCCUCCGAAACGCGGGGAUUUGGAUCUUAACGUUGUCCUAAACUCCCCAUAUUUUUUCUCUUAG